AACAUCGUCUUAGUAUAGAAAAGAGGUCUGACUAGCUGGCAAGUAUAAAUAAAGGUUUGAAGUUUGAUCAACAGACCUGUUCAAGCAUCACUCACCCUCCUGCAGAUUCUUAGAGUGAAGUGAAGACCUGAUUUUCCAAAAGGAUGUAUGUUUUUGUGGUAUUCGCUGCCCUUGGCACCAUGGGCUGGACCAUGCCUUUACCUGAUUUUUACUCUUACUCGUCGGCUGUUGGGGAUGGCAGUGGAACUGAAUUCUCUACUGCACGUCCGGGUCAGAUAACUGGAGUGAAAGUUUAUGAAUAUCCAUACGGCGGCCAAUACAUCAAUGGGAUUCAGCUAAGAUACGGAAAUAACUGGACCGAACUGGUUGGUGUAAGUUAUUAUGGCAACCAAGAAGAGAUGACACUUUUUGACAAUGAAUACAUCGUUCAAGUGUCUGGAAAGUAUUACAGCGGCUACAUCUCUGAGGUUAUGUUUGUCAGUAAUCACGGGCGCUUUAUGAAAGUGGGGCAAGCGACUGGAAAUUCGUUUAACUUCUACCCAACCCAUGAUGGAAGUGAACUACGUUUCCUCAGUGGCCGACAGAAUGGAUUUGCUCUCACUUCCCUUGGGGCUCACUGGGCUGUGUACUACUCUAACACAAAUACCAACACAACUUCAACUUAAAGUCAUACAGUACAGUAUGGGUUCAUACAUAAUUCCAGUUAACAAAUCACCUACUAACCUAAGUAACGUUCUUAGUAGUGUUCUUUCGUUCUGAGCUGUUGGAGGGAGGUAAAUUAUGUAUUUAGGCCUAAAAUGAAUACAUAUUCUCCAAAUCAACACUAAAUCGGUAUUAUUAAAAAAUGAUUUAGUCAUGUUCUGUCAUAAUCAUGUUUAUAUUUUCUUGUUUCUUUUAUUAUGAUUAUUUCUAAAAUGCCUCUGAUCAUUUUAUUGUAAUGAGGAAUGAUUAUGUACCAUGAAUGUGAAUAAAAUAUAGCAAUAUGUACUUGAA